ACUUGGUGGACUCACACUUUUUUCUGCUUUGGUUCUUAAGCAAAACCCAACAAAGCCUCUCUCUUGUUUUCUUCUUUCCUAGAUUUUGUUUUUAAAUGUCAAGUUCUUCUAGCUACACUCUAAAAUGGGUAUACUCAAGAUUCAAGUUUUACUGCAGCAUACCUAUGGUGCUCUUAUACUAAUACAUGUACUACUUAACUCAGUGGACUCGAAGGUUCUCAUUCGUUUUGCUCAAGCUCCUCCUUCAAGGUCAAGACACUCCUAUGCAGUUUUUCGAUACUCUUUUGAGUAUUUGGAUGGUUCAAAUGCAUGCCGCAACAAUAGCUGUUCUGUGUACUGCCAGCUUGAUGGCCAAGUUUUGAGUCCAUGUCCAGCUAAGCUGUUGGUACUUAAGAACUUAGCUGUGAACCAUCACCAUAAAUUUCGUCUUAAUGUUACAACCUGGAAUGGCAAGAGAAACUCAUUAGCUUAUUCUUGGUUCAUUGAUACGAUACCGCCAACUGCAGCAAUUUCCAGUAAGCAGGACUACACUAAUGCUAGAAGAGUAACCAUUGAUGUCAAAUUCAGUGAAGCUUGCAUGGGAAGGGGUGGCUUCAAGUGUUUGACCUCAUCAAACUGUGAUGUCAUACUGAAAGGACCAGCCUAUGUAAACCCAAAAUCUUUGCGUAUUAUCGAGCCAGACAUUCAUUACAAGCUUGACAUAAUUUUUUCCAUGGCAAGCACACUUGGACGAGUAGUAGUUAGAAUGGCAGAGAAUAUUUGUACAGAUCAGGCAGGGAAUAUCUUUACAAGAACAAAUGGCUCCUCAUUAACCAUUCACUUUGAUAGAGGGCCGGUUCUGGUGGAUUUCUGGACUGCAGUUCCGUCUUAUGAGCUAGUGCUUAAUGGGGUCCCAAGAACUGUCCUUGCAACUAACAAAAAAGAGGAUUUGAAGAUCUUUUUGGACUUCAGAAUUCCCAUAGAAAAUACUACAGAACAGAUUCUUAAUGUAUUACAAGUGAGCAUGGGUAACUUAGUACCUAUUUAUAGCACUAAUCAAGGGAACCGCCGAUUUGCUUUUCAUCUGAAUGUUACAGUAAGAACUGUCAUCGUCAAAGUUGAAUUGCAAUCCCAUUUGCUAAUUAGUAGAACAGGAACUCCUGUCUCACCUGCUGACUUAAUUACAUUUGUUUAUGAUUCAAUGGAGCCUGGUGUAAGGUUAAGUACCAGUGCUCCAAAUGUUACAAAGGAGUCCAACAUUAAUAUAAUAGUUGAGUUUACAAAGCCUGUUUUUGGGUUUAAAGCUUCUAUGGUAGAAGUGACUGGCUGUAAGAUAACGAGGUUGAAGGAACUUUCGAAAGCUCUGUACUCAAUGGAUGUCCUCCUGGCAACUCAUAAUGUUGUGUCAGUUAUUAUUCCUGCAGGGAAAGUAAAUGACAUUUCAGGAAAUCUAAAUUUGGAGUCUAACAAACUUGAAGUGAAGCACUAUUCAGUCCCUUCACUAUCAGUAGCCUUACACUCUUUUGUGACUGCUGGAAUAUUGGCAACAUCAUUUGCAACUGCUGUUCUUUCACUUUCUCUUGCAAAUCUUGGAGCAUUAGAUACUCUUGCUUCUGGGAGUACCAAUAUUAUUGCUUAUGACACCACAAGGAAUCUUCAUGGUAUGGUCGGACAUCUACAAGUGUUUGUCCUUUCAGAUUGGCUCUCAGUUAACCAACCAGUUGAAUUUUCUGAGACUGCUAAAGGUCUAAGGUGGCUUAUACCUCAUCAAAAACUUCCAUGGAAAAAGGAUAGUGCUUCAGUCUGGCCCAGUCAUAUCUACUUAUCAGAAGGGGAGCUUGGGAUGAAACUUAGCACCAUUUCUCUAGGAUGGCCUUCAAAUAAGAAAGCUAAUAACUAUGCAAUAGACGCUUGCUUGAGCAAUAUAUCAUUUGCAGGACUAAAUGACAUUAAACCAAAUCCUGGUUGGCUUCGUGGGCAUUACAACAUUCGCAUGCAAAAGGAACCUUAUGGACUAGCUCUUGAUUCCAAAGAAUAUUUCAUUUAUUUUUUGAGAGGAGAGCCGCUGUCAGCUAGAGAUGUUGUCAAGAGAAUGGAGAAUUACAAAGGGUGGCAGGACUUGGAGAUGAACUUGUUCUGGCUUGGGGUGGGAGGAGGAAGUCUAGUUAUAGCACAUAUUCUCUUAUUACUUUUCCUUAAAUGGAGAACUGGCACACCAGUUCAUGGUAUACUGUCAGUACCUCGAUUCGAGCUUUUUCUUUUGAUUCUUAUGCUACCUUGCAUCUCCCAGUCAUCAGCUUUUGUAAUAAGAGGUGGUACAACAGGUGGAAUAAUCACUGGAGCUCUGUUGUUAGCAAUCCCAGCAGCCUUUAUUUUAUCAAUUAUCCUUUUUCUCAUAAUUGCAGUAUUCUCAGGAACUUUGGUUCAGUACAAGGAAAUCAAGCAUGUUGUUGAUACAGAACCAUGUUUUGCAAAGCUAUGGUUCUUUUUCACAACUAGGACUGUAAAAGGAAAGUGGUUUUAUAGAGGAGGCAUUCCUUCAUCUUUCCUUUCACGUUUUGGGAUUCUCUUUGAGAGUCUGAAAGGUCCUACAAUGUUUGUCUUUGUCGAUCAAAAUGAUUCAAACACGACACGAAAAUGGGGCGAAAGUGGCCGUAAUGGGAUUGGGAGAAUAUGUACUGUGAGCUCAGAUGACAGCAAUGAAGAAACUGAUAUUCCCUUACCAAGAAGACUUUUAGGCUGCACUAGAUCGUCGUACAUAGUCAUUGAUCUUAUAAGAAGGGUCAGUUUAGGAAUUAUAUCUGGAGCAUACUCCUCAAAGAAGCCAAGCCAAAGUAUCUUAGCAUUAACAAUCACACUAGCACAGUUUAUGUUUCUGUUUAUAAUGAAACCAUUCAUUAGUAAGGGAGUCCACCUGGUUGAAAGUGUUUCUCUUCUGUGUGAGAUGGGUAUUUUUGGUAUAUCUAUCAGUUUGACUAACACAAAUCCAAUGGAAACACAGAAGUUGGGAUUUGUUAUGCUGGCUCUCCUCUUCAUCACCUUUGUUUCUCACAUUAUAAACGAGUGGUAUGCGCUUAUAAGUUCUUUGUUAAGACUAUCACAUCCUCAGAAAAAUUCUCUCAAGCAUGGAUUGAAGUUUGCUGCCAAAGGUCUUGUUCUUCCCUUCCUCUCAAGAAAGCACUGGUCUGGAGUCACACCAAGUUCAUCUCAACCCAAAACAGGCCAAGUUUCCGGCCUUCCUCUAAGUCCAGACACCGAAUUGAGAAUAAGAGACAGGAGAGCACCAUUUUCUGACCCAAUUGGUGCCAUGACAGCAACGGUAGUACCCAUGCUUAGUCCUGGCUCACCAUGCCCGACUGCAGAGAGAAAUAUUGGCUUGCAGAGAACAGGAGAGGGAAAACAGCCAAAGGGAUACGAGCAAGAGUCAAAGAAUGAGAUGAAGAAGUUAAGGGCCUUGGCAAGGGCUAGUUUUGCAGGAGACUCAAGUGGUAAGGAAGCUAGCACUAGCUAUACAUAUAGGUAGUGAAUAGCGAUCUUAAUUUGUCUAAAAAAAUGAGUUCUAUUGUAUAGAAUUCUUAAGAUUCAGUGAUUCACAAAGUUUCUGCAGAGUCCACAAUGUUGUCUCUUCUGAAACCUUUUAGCUCAAUAUACAAUCCAUCUGAUA